CACAAGGGGACAAAUGCCCAUGGCACCCAGCUUGUGUGAAUAAAAAUGGAGUCAGAUCCUGCCCAGAACAGUGACCAAGCUUUCCACAGUUAUGGGGCAGCCAUAACAAGUGAGUCUCAGAUGAAUGGCUAUGAUGUCACUUCUAAAGAAGAUAAUGGGGAGAUGUUGCGUGGAUCCAGCGAACCUACUGAGCAAAAAGACAUUGCUGCUGUUCUUGCCCCACACAAUAUCAUUAAUAUUCAUCAACAUUUGGAUGUUAUUGAAGUGUGUUUGUGUUGGGAGAGGAAUAACCGCUACAGCAUAUACGGCAAAGAUGAGAAACAAAUUCUUUAUACAUACGAAGGAGCUCAGUGUGUGGCUCGACAGUGGUAUGGAUCUCUACGAGAGCUAACUCUGACAACUACAGAUAAUGAUGACAAUCGACUGCUAAGACUAGACAGACCACUACGUUGCUCUACACGGAUGUGCUAUGCUUGUUGUUGUCUUCAAGAAAUGACUAUUUCCAUACCACCGAACAAUACCCUGGGAAGAGUCAAAGAGAGGUGGAACUGCAUUAUUCCCUGGUAUGAGGUGGAAGACUCUCAAGGAAAUCUCAUGUUUUCCCUUCAAGGGACUGCCUGCCACUGCCGUCUGUGUUGUGAUAUCAAGUUUUCUGUGAGAAAUGCAGCUGGAGACCAAGUGGCUUCCAUCCAAAAGUACUGGGGAGGCUGCAAAGGAAUCAUAGGAGCCUGCAACAGUUACACUAUUAAAUAUCUGGAUGCCCUGUCAGGACAGGAAAAAGCAGUCGUAUUAGGAGCAACAUUUUUAUUGGAUUUCAACUAUUUUGAAAGGCAUGGGAAAUGUUUCUGAACUGUGUUAUAAGAAUGUGUACACAAAAUUACUUUAAGAUGAUCUACUCUUUCUGUACACCCUGAGAAAGACAAUUUCUCAGCCUAUCAGAAUUUUCUCAGUUGACUGAAAGUGAAAGAGCAAGUGCCACACUCCCACCAAAGGAUAUCUUCUGAAUUCUGACAGCUGUCUUUUGGCUGAAGCUGAAAAAUCUGCUAUCUUGAUAUCAUACUUGUAUGUGCUUACUCCUCAUAAAAAGGGCCAAUAUAAGGUUCCACACUCUAUCAAGUGGGAUGGUCUCCUGGAAAGCAUCAAUUUGACAUCGGCGUCUGUGCUGUAGUGGUUAGGCACUUUGCAGUCAUACACAGGAGACUAGAGUUCACAUCCCGAGUGGGAAGAACUUGUAUUGAGUAUCUCCGUCUAAAAACACCUGUAUUAAAUAUAAAAUCCUUGAAUCAAUUUGGCAAGGAUAUCAUGUACCCAUUUUCGUUUCUUUUUUUUUUGGUUACGGUAUCAUCCCCAACCACCAUCUGCAGCUUUCUAUUUUAGUUUAAGCAAAUUUUUAUGUUUAUUUUCUAGUUUGUAGCUUUUUUAAUAACGUAGAUUUAUUUGUAAAGGCACAUUGUUUGACUCUAAGCUUCUAAAUAUUCUCGCCGUUUCGUCUUCGAAUGAUCCUUUUACCACUAAAUGAGCGUAUUCGCUUUGAAGAAACUGUGACUCUGCUGACAUAAUUGUGAAUAGCGUUGCCAUUUCAUCUUCAGUCAUUACAUAUGUGCCGUCCUCUUUCUUUCCUAUAGUAUACAACAGUUUUUGCCCGGUUUCAGUAUAUCUGGCAGACUUUGAUAUUACUUUAAGCGUUGGCUUAAAUUCAGUUUAAAUCCCAACAGGUGAGUCAUUAACUUUUAAUGAAGGUGGCAACACAAUUUUAGCCAGUGAAUCUUUAAUGCCAUCAAACUCCUUUUGAAUUUCAUUAGAAUUCUGUAUGUGAUUGGCAUGUGUCAACGUAGAAUCCCUACCACUACUGGUAUUGGUAACUCCACCAAAAUUUUGAAAGGAACUAUCCUGACCCUGUGGCAGCGGUGUGAAAUUAGACUGAGGUCCACUACUCUCCUUGUUUUCAAUUAGACUUCAGAGUUCGUCAAAAGAUUUCAGUAAACUUGUAAUAGCCACUCACUGUUCAUUCACAUUACGUUUGUCACUGCUGGUACCAAUCGUUUCUUGUUUUGGUGCCUGUGUAGGCCUGCCUGUCGAAGCUGUUUUCAGCAGUUUCUCCGCAUAUUAGAAAUCUAGGCCAUUGUUUAUCUAAGUGGGGCAAACAUGAUCGCACAACUUACGGUGAAUCCCAAAUAUCUAGAUCUAGAUUCUUUACGCAUGUUCGUGGAAAAGUUGCUGUAACCACUAACAUCACUUUUCAAUUGGUUUUACGUUGCUCUGUAGCUCAAUUUGUUUUGGAACGCAUUAAAAUCUUCCUCUGCUCGCUCCGCACGCCUGCCUGUGAGAAUGCACAAGGCAAGAACGAUAAUCACUACACAUCCAUUAAUGAUGUGUAGUCAGAUCUAUUUAUAGCUCUCAGCAGACUACUAUUAUAAGAUGAUGCACACAAUGCAGGUGUCAAAUUGUUUUUACUCAAUGCAUAUAUAUGCAAGACCGGUACAUUCAGACCUCGAGCAAUUACCAGAGAUCUGAUCUUUUUUGUAAACCCGGCCUAACAAAUGUUUUUGUGAUAUUCAUGCUUUAACACUUUUAACUGUUUGUACUUUUUAUAAAUGUAGUGAUGUACUUGAGUUGCUCUCUUUUCUAAGCUAUGAAUAUCAUGUAUAGACUUAGCAUUUGCAAUCAAAAUUUUAAUGUGUCUCAUUUUCAGUUCAUACUGUACUCCUGUAUCUUUUUUCCACUGUAUUUGUAAUCAAAUAUAUUUUUCUAUGAUAUUAUUGCUGUUGCAUGAAAAAUGAGUAACUCCAAUUCUUUUUGCCCCCACCCACAAAGCAAAGUCCGAGAGAGUUGCUCAUUCCCCUUGCAACAAAAACAUUUAAAGAAUAAUUCUGUACAAAAUGGAAAUGAAAGUUUGCAUUGGCUGUGGCAAGAUUUUAGAAAUAUUUAUGAGUAUUAUGAAAUUUCUUGAUUAAAAGAUGACAUACCAACCCUGA